AUGACACUUGGACUUCGAGCGAUGACACGAGCGGAAUAUUUAAACGCCGUAAUUGUGGGCGGCAGGGAGAAUAUUGUUAUUGUCAUGUCAGCUUUACAAAGAGAGGGUUCCCCACCACCCAUAUAUGUGGACAAUUUUGAAAAUUACCUAAAGCCGAAGCAACCAAAUAAAUGCCAGCCACUUCAGCGAUUUCAAAAUCCAAAAGCGAAAACAAAUUUAAACCUAACAAAAAGCUUAAAACGUUUAAAAAUACUCAGAUGAUAUCUUAGUCUCUCAAAACGCUUCCAGCAACUGCCUCUGCCCAGAUUCCUUGGAUUUCUAAAAGAACGUAAUGAUGAUGGCUUGUGUAAGAAGAAGACAGGAUUUGAGAUCUACUGCGAGAUGGCUAGCAUACACGGCUUUCACAUCUUUGUGGGUGCCAAAACCUGGCAGCGAACUCUCUGGUGGCUGCUCAUUUGCACUGCAGUUCUGCUUUCGCUUAUCCUAGUCAUUAUGUCACUUUCCAUGUCAAGGGAAACACCAACCAUACGCUUUAUAGACACUAUGAUGAAGCCCACGGCGGAAGUACCAUUUCCUGCGGUCACUAUUUGCGGUUUUCAGACAUUAUCAUCCAUAAACUCUUCUGUAAUAGAUCAGCUAACCAUAAGAAAUGUAAGUUGGUUGGAACUCCUAGAGGAUUUGGCUUUACCGAUCUGUCCUCAAAUUGAAUUUUGUCAGUGGGAAAACCGAGGAAAAAGCUGCCUAGAGAAACUGAUGCCUAUUUGGACACUGGAUCAACGCCUUUGCUGCAUUUUUAAUUACAAAAAUCAGCUUUUCAGCUCUCAUUUAGGGCUCAGUUUGGUUUUAGGACCUAGUGAAGAAGUGCUCGAAAAUUCGAAUUUGCGUGGAUUAGAGGUUCUUAUACAUGAAUCCAACGAAAUACCAAACGAAGGAACACCAAGGUUACUAGUGCCAAGCGGAUCAGAAACUCAUAUUAUGCUAAGACUUUUUGUGAACCGAUUCUCGAAAAAUGUAGAGGGUUUAACUCUUCAGAAAAGAGGAUGCUACUUACCAAUAGAACGUCCUCUGAUCUCAUCUAACUUGUACAACCAAAUCAACUGCCAGGCAGAAUGUCGCAGCAAAGAAAUCUUAAAGCUGUGUACCUGUGUUCCACCCAAAGCUCCUCGUCAAGAAAGCUGGCCUAUUUGCGGCCUAAAACAAAUGCAAUGUGUAAUGGAUUUUGAUAAUGAUGAGGUCACCAACGGAGAACAAAAGAACUGCGAUUGCCUUCCGCCAUGUGAGUUCAAUCGCUAUGAAUUCCAAAGCGAUAUACGACUUAUAGAGAAAUCUACGAGUAAAAACAUUAAUAACUCAAGCUAUAAAAAUUCAGCAAAUAAAGUCCGUCUCCAUGUCUACUACGACUCACCAAUUGCCGAGCAGCUGCUCUUGGACGUGUACGAGAACUGGCUGACAUUCAUAGGAACCUUCGGUGGUAUAACCGGACUAUUUAUGGGCUGCAGUUUCGUUUCGGUCUUCGAGUUGAUAUUCUUUUCGUGUGUGCGACCAACAUGCAACUGGCUAACCCGACAACAGAUACUUUGGCGACGUCACCGAAACCAAAAGGUGGGAAACACCGGGGUGGUCAUUAGGGCUAACUAA